CUUCAAAACUAUUCCCAGUUAAGAUAGUUAGGUGGUGCUGGUGCUGAUAAUUGUCAUGAAAGUUAAGAAAACAGAGCACCCAUAUAUAUUUAUAUUGCCGUACAUAUUUAUAUUGUACUGCAUGAAGUGACAGCAGAGCACCCAGUUUUUCAAAUCAACUAUCCCCCAUUUAUCCCAGGUCAGCAGAAUAUGGAUCAGGAUACAGAAAAAAAAUCUAGUGCAAGAUGAUCAGGGUGGUCCAGAAAACACCGUAGUGCUGCUGCAUCCAGUCUUGCCUGAAGGUAUGAGAUGCAAAAAAGAAAAAACAAUAGAGUUUCUAAUGGUUUCGCCAAAGCUAUGCUGGGUGGAUAAAAACUAUUGUGCUGCACAUCCAGGUACUAAUGGACGACAUUCACAAUCAACCCGCUUGAGUGGUGCUGGCGCCCAUGAUAAUCUGCUACAAGCUACUGCAGGAGAUCCACCUGCUAUGAUGGGCCCUACACACAAUGUACCUAGACCCGAUGAACAUAUUGGAGCAAGCACAUCGGCAGCAGACCACCCAUUACACGGAUCGAGCGGAGAGAGGGCGGAUGGAGAUAACAAUGAGGAUAACGAUGAUGCUGAUGAUGUGAUGUCAGCUCCUGCGAAACCAGCGCUCAGCAUGAGGUUCGAAAGCACCGCGGCAGCUAAGAAACACUAUCAAGACUAUGCAAGGUGGAAUGGGUUUGGCAUGAGGACUGAUUACCAGAGGCCUAUAAAGAGUGGCGAAACAAGCCGAGCUCAGUUUGUGUGUUACUUGGCAGGCAGGAACAAAAAGGAGAAAGAUGACCCACAGCGUCCGGAAUCUAUAGUCCCAAAAAGGAAGAGAAACAUUACAGAAAGGACUGGUUGCCAAGCAAGAAUGAAGGUGAAACUUGACGGAGCAACAUAUAUCGUGGAUCAAUUUGAGGAAGAGCAUAACCACAGUGUGUUAAAAAAGUUCGAUCUCGGCAAGUACUUGCGAUCGCACCGCCACAUGCCGAGGGAGGAGAGGGAGUUUGUGAAGCUUCUGCAUGCUUGCAACCUUCGAACCAGCCAAAUGAUGCAGAUCCUGUCAACCCUGCACGGCAAGCUGAACGAUUUGUCGUACACAAGGACAGACAUGGCCAACUUCAGAGCAACGCUGCGCAGGGAGCAUUGUGUAAUGGACAUGAAGUACACGCUACGGUAUUUCAAAAAGCUGAAGAAGGAUGACGAUGACUUCUACAACUUCGAGCUGGACGAUGAAGAUAGGGUAAUCAACUUGUAUUGUUGGGUAGACGCAGAAGCUAGGAGGUCGUACAAGUACUACAACGACUGCAUUUCCUUUGACACGACAUAUUUGACGAAUAAAUAUAACAUGCCAUGCGCACCUUUCAUUGGAAUAAACAACCAUGGCAGUCUGUUCAAUUCGGGUGAGGGUUCCUGAGAAAUGAAGACACCCUCAGCUUCGUAUGGUUAUUCAAUACAUUCUUGGAAGCCAUGGAUGGGAUUGCUCCGGCAAACAUCAUAACAAAUCAGGACUUUGCAAUGCGGAACGCGAUAGCUGAGGUUUUUCCAGAGGCAAGACAUAGAAAUUGCCGCUGGCACAUAAUGAAGAAGGCACAGGAGAAGCUGGGUGGAUUCAUGGGCAGGAACCUGGAGCUGCACGCAGUUUUUGAGGACUGCGUAGACAAUAGCUACACGCCAACAGAAUUUGAGUUCAAAUGGAGCGCAAUGAUUGAGAAAUACCAAGUGCAGGAUAAUGAGGACCUAGCGUCCCUAUGGGAAAACCGAACAAGUUGGGUGCCUGAAUACUUCAUGCUCAACUUCUACCCCUUCUUGCAGUCAACGCAAAGGAGCGAGGGGUUCAAUUCAAUGCCGUGUUGAAAAGAUAUGUCAGCCCUAGCAAUUCAAUAUACAACUUUGCGCAGCAAUACUCGGCUAUACAGGCAAAGAUAUUGGGAGCAGAGAAGCAAGCGGAGGCUGAAACAGCGCCCACCGUGCCGAAGAAAUGGGGGUUCAGCCCGAUAGAGGAGCAAGUGAAGUUGGUAUACACAAGGAGAAUGUUUAACAGGUGACGCAUAACCCCCCUCGCAGCAGCACCGCGUUUUGCGCACACAAAGUCUUUUUUUCCGUUUUUAUAUACAUUGCAUUUGGCUUCUAAAAAGUUGCCAGAUUAACACAUGUUUAGUUGCCAGUGGCACAUUAGUGAGUUUGCCACUGUAACACAUGCAAAGUGGC